CCCUAAUCCGUGGGCCCCACUAAUCCCCACUUAAUCCCGUGUUUGGUUUGAUGUAUUGCCUAUUACAGGCCUAUUACAACACGGAUGUAUUCCUCAUUUUCUCUGUUUCAACAACGAUUAGCCAUUCCAUUUCAAAAGUAAGGAUUAGCUAAUCAUUUCUGUUUUACCCUCCCCAGCCAAAAUCUGCUACUCCACCCCACCCUCUCCCUCCCAACAUCAACAGCAGUUUUCUUCGAACCAAAUCUCCACCGUCUCGCGUUUGGAAAGCGAGAAAGUGCGAGAAAAAUGAGCGGACCGGGGAAGAAAGUCGUCGAUGUCGCGUUCAAAGCAUCAAAGAACAUUGAUUGGGAAGGGAUGGCUAAGCUUUUGGUCUCCGAUCAGGCUCGCAAAGAGUUCGCUACUCUUCGUCGCACUUUUGAUGAAGUUAACUCUACUUUACAAACCAAAUUCAGCCAGGAACCUGAACCCAUUAACUGGGAGUACUAUAGAAAAGGAAUUAGCUCUCGCCUGGUAGAUAUGUACAAAGAGGCAUAUGAGAGUGUAGAGAUCCCCAAGUUUGUUGACACCGUCACUCCUCAAUACAAACCAAAAUUUGAUGCAUUGCUUGUAGAAUUGAAAGAGGCAGAGGAGAAAUCCUUGAAAGAGUCUGAGCGAUUGGAGAAAGAAAUUGCCGAGGUUCAAGAACUUAAGCAAAAGAUCAGCACCAUGACCGCAGACGAGUACUUUAAGAAACAUCCAGAGCUUAAAAAGAAAUUCGAUGAUGAGAUCCGGAAUGACUACUGGGGCUAUUGACAUCUUUGUGAAUUUAAUGGCCAAGCUUUUGGUCUCGACUAGAAUUUCUAAACCGUUUCUGUUGUUUUAACCCCUUUUUCUCUUGUGCGGUGAUCUGGGUUGGAAAGAUUAGGCUGUAAUGAUAAGAAAAUAAUUGUGUGAGAAAAUUUUAUCCAAUCAUUUGAGAAACAAGGUGGAUCUUGUAAGACAUGCAUUCUAUUUAGCAGGCAUCCGCAGUCAUACUUUCAUGGCAAAAUUUUUACUGUCUGCCCUCUUCAUUCCA